AUGGUAACUGGAACUUUGCCGUCUGGUAGGCGCAUUUCAGUUGUUGAUACACCAGGGAUAUUAAACACAGAAGGCAAAAAUGUUAGCAGUGAAAUACGCAAAGCUGUUGAUGCGUUGAAACCAGGUCCAAAUGCAUUUCUGAUUGUACUAAAACCUGGGAGAGCAACAGACGAGGAAAAGGGGGUUAUUCGUACUCUGAGGCAAAUUUUUCAAAAAGAGUCUUACUUUGACCAUACCAUAUUAAUUAUGACAAGAAAAGCCGAUAUCGAAGACGACAAUGAUGACCAUAUUCCAAUACAUCAAUACAUGAGGGAAGAUGUUUCAGAUGAUUUGAAAAAACUUUAUAAACAAUGUGGAAAAAGAAUAGUUGCAGUUGAAAAUUUGUCUAACUCUAGAGAUCAAUAUGCACAAGAAAUUUCAAAUGAAAUAGAAUCAUUGGGAGGUUAUUAUGAUCGUGAGUUUUAUGAAUUAGAAAAAGAAAACAGGAAAAAAAGAAAAGCUGAAAUAAAGCAAAACGAGGAAGAAAUUGAGAGGAUAAGGCAAAAGCAAACAUCUGGAUUAUGUGUUAUAAUAUGA